GACAGUUUUACUUCUUGAUUCCAUCGAGAUCGGACUUCGCAAUGGCCGACGUCGACAUUCAGAUGAUUGAUGGUCACAGCCAUGGGACGAAUGGCGGCCCUAAUAUCCAUACGGAGUCGUCUAAGGAUGUUCAUCUUUUUAGUAUCCUCGGCCGUUCGGUGUACUAUUACAAUCAAUACUAUGAAGCUCGCCGCAAACGACACACGAUUGACGCAGAAUACCUCAAAGCCCGUCAAUUCUUCAACAUGAACCCCCGCAUUAAGGACAUGAUGGAUGCACAAGUCGCCGCGGCACGUAAAGAGGAGGACGAUAGGAAGAUGAAGUUCGAGGCUGCAGCGGCUGAGGACGGGAACAGGCUUAAGCAGUUGUACAUGCCGCGCGAUGAGGUCGCGAGGUGUGUCGAGGAGAAUGUUUCGAGGCGGGUUAAAAACGAGCUACAGGCGUUGAGGGAGGAGAUAAGGCAGAGUGAGGAGCGGAUCAUGAAACGUGCGAAGACGGAGGUGGGGGCGACGGUGCGGGUGCCUGAAGCAACAAAGCGCGAGAUGGAGGCGAGUACGAGGCGGAUCAAGCAGGAGAUUGGGACGUUGAGAGAGAAGGUUGACGAUCAUGCGACACAACUCACCAAUUUGCGGACGCAGACCCAGAACCAGAGCCAGAAUCAGACCCAGAAACCAGUACUGGUCGAGGUGGACAUCUCGAAACUUGAGGAACAAGUCAUCCAAUACAAAGAAACCUUCGCGCGUGUCAGCGAGCACCUCCAGGCACACAAGUCCGGUAUCGAAGCCUGUCAGAACGCAAUAACUCAGACACACUCCUACCUCACGGACCUCGAUUCACGGUGUCAAGCACGCGAUGAACUUAUUGGUGAGCAGCUCGAUGCGGUGUUGGAGGAAAUCGACAAGAACGCGAAGACAAAUUUGACGGCGAUCUCAACGCUCGAGGAAAAGACGUCGACAGCAGCGGGUGCAAUACCGGCACCGGCGAACGACAAAAUCUGGGCGAAGCUGGCAGAGGUGGAAGCAAAGUUACGGGAGGUCGAGGCACAGAAAAACGACAAAAUAUUGGCCAAGUUGGCGGAAGUCGACACUUACUCAAACCAACUCAAAACCCUAAAAACCCACAUGGCAUCCCACACAAUCGCACUUCGCAACGUCGAAGCCCGCACAACCGGUACCAACCUCGAGCGUGAACGCGUCGCGCAACUCGUCCAGGAAUUCAUGUCUUCACAACAAGGCAGCAUGUUAUUUGCACAGGUCAUCCCGCACGCCGUCGCUACACACCUCCCUCACUGCCUCGGAUUUACGACGAUCGUGAAUCGUCUCAUGGUGGUGGAAAAACGCUUUUCGGAUACUGAACAACGUCUCGUACCCCUUGGACCGGAAAUCGUUACCUGGCAGAAGUUUAGGGCAAGCACGCAUACGUGGAUUAAUGGCGUUAAUAGACGGUUGGAGAUAUUGGAUGGGCAGUGUGAGGACUUGAGGAAGAUCAUCCGAAGGAAUUCUGCUGGGCCUGCGGGUGUUGGUGCUGGUGUGCAGAGCCGGCCUGCGCAGACGACGCCGACGCCGGCGCCGGUUGGUGUACAGAGACAGAUUCCAGCACGGGCAUCAGUGCCGCGAGCGUCGCCAGGUGUUGUACCGGGGCAGGUUCCACGACAGGUACCUCCUCCCGCUGCUGCAGCGUCAGCGGCGCAGGCAUCGCAGCCUCAGCCGGCUCGCUUCGUACAAGCGUCUCAAACAACUCAAACAGCUGAAUCACCUAGGCCUCAAGUAUCUUUAGCACCCAGGCUUCAGGCAGCUCAAGCGCCUCAAGCUGCGGCUGCGGUGCCGAUGGUGAAGAAAGAGUCUGGAGUCGGUAACAAGGACAACAACACGUAGACCUUAUCUUUGUGGAGUAGGAAGCAGGGCAUGGAUUGGCAGGCGUUAUCAUUCAUACUGGAUUCACAUAUAUUAAUUAGAUACAAAGUGCAUAAACGUACAACAAAGCAUGUUUAAUAUUGUUUUUGACCAAAC